CAGCGGGACUUGCGAAAGGUACUGGACCAUCGAGACAAGGUAUAUGAGCAGCUGGCCACAUACCUUCAACUGAAAAAUGUCAUUGAGCGACUGCAGGAAGCUAAACAUUCGGAGUUAUAUAUGCAGGUGGAUUUGGGCUGUAACUUCUUCGUUGAUACAGUGGUCUCAGAUACUUCACGCAUCUAUGUGGCCCUGGGAUAUGGUUUUUUCCUGGAGUUGACACUGGCAGAAGCUCUCAAGUUCAUUGAUCGUAAGAGCACUCUUCUCACAGAGCUCAGCAACAGCCUCACCAAGGACUCCAUGAAUAUCAAGGCCCAUAUCCACAUGUUGCUAGAGGGGCUUAGAGAACUCCAAGGCCUGCAGAAUUUCCCAGAGCCAGAAUCUCACCAUUGACUGCUUCUUCCCAUCCUCUGACAUUAAAGAGCCUGAAUGCCU